CUGACAUCCCAUUCCUGAGGCCGGUAUAUAAUGCAAGCAUGGUGCAGAACAGCCCUCGCAUGCAACCGCCAUCAUACCUUUCACGGAUGCCGCUUUGCGGGUCGACUAUAUUCUGCUGAUUGACAAAGCCUGAGGAAUUUUACAUAUCAGAUUUCAUUAUAUGUGCUGUAAUAUGCGCUCUCUGUACCAAACUGGGAGAGAAACACUUGAGGACGCCGAGGUCCUGAUGCUAGGUGGUUAUUGUCGCAGAGCCCAUGUACGGGACGGCAUGAACAUACUUGAUCUUGAACGCGAGUGGGGUAUCUUGACUUUAUAUCUCUUUGAGGUAUAACUAUUGAGACGCGACGGUAUGUCGCGCGCCUCUGGACUGAACGCCCCACAAUGCAGUCUCCUUGAUAGUGCUGGGGUGAACAAUUUGCGGGAGGGAUACCCCCUGCAGCG